AAAUUGCAUCUAACAAAUCUAUAAUAUAGUUUUAUUGAUAUUCAAAUAAAAUAUCAUUGCAUAUGUUGUUUAAUAAAGAAAUCUUAAAAUUUUAUCUAAAUGUCAUUUUCGACAAUUUCCCUUCUUGCCACAUUUUAAAGUGCGAUGACAAAUAGGCCUGUACACUAAAUUCCUUGGUCUGUCAUUAAACUGUUAAUUUAAUGGGAUUACAUAUAAACAAACAAUUUUAUUUUCACACAUUACAUGAACGUGUCAUUUUGAAAUAGAUCUUAAAUAGUAAAGAAUGUAAUCUUGUUUAACAAGGGGGUGUGUGAAGUAAAGUGAACUUCGAUAAACAAAUAUAUUUUAAAUGUUCCCUUCCUUCAAAAAUGUAAUGUAAGAAUAAUUUUGGGGUCGUUUAAAAUUUGAAAUAUAUGUGAAAUGAAUUUCAUUUAAUUAAAAUAAUCAAAUUUCAUGGAUACUGAUUUAACUAUUUGCUGCUGUGAGGAAAAUCUACUUCCGGUACAUUUCCCCAUAUCAAUAAUGGGAAAUUAUCAGACUUUGUCUCUUAAAAACUUUUCUGUAUGAUAAGACUAACAAAUUACUAUAGUAGUCAGGUAAUUGUCAUGUAUGAUUGUACUUUUUUACUUUUCAUGCCAGUGUUUUCACAAAGAUUGACCUAUGAGUGAAAUUGUAACAUGGAGGUGGGUUUAAGAGUUGUAAGAGGCCCAGAUUGGAAGUGGGGGAACCAGGAUGAUGGGGAGGGGCAUGUGGGAACAGUGGUGGAAAUUGGAAAGCCAGGGAGCUCUACAUCGCCAGAUAAAACUGUUGUAGUGCAAUGGGACUCGGGAUCAAGGACAAAUUAUCGAGUUGGCUAUCAGGGGGCAUACGAUCUUCGAGUGUUGGACAAUGCACCAAUAGGUGUCAAGCAUCAAAACAUAAUUUGUGAUGCCUGUAAAAAACAAGGGAUUCAGGGCAUGAGGUGGAAGUGCACCAAGUGUCACGACUUUGAUCUCUGUACGGCCUGCUACAUGGCAGACAAACAUGACCCAGGACAUGCCUUUCUAAGAAUAGAAAAUGCUUCCUCUAGAGGUGAAAAGAUGCCAAAGAGGAAAGACAGUCAAAAUAGUACCAAAGUUCAGUCCUUUGGUAUGUUUGCUGGUGCUAAGGUCAUCAGGGGACCUGACUGGGACUGGGGAAAUCAGGAUGGUGGAGAAGGAAAGAUAGGCAAAACAACAGACAUUCGAGGAUGGGAUUCAGAAUCUGGGCGGAGUGUUGCUCACGUGACUUGGCAGUCGGGGUCAACCAAUGUAUACAGAGUAGGACAUAAGGGGAAGGUGGACCUGAAAUACAUCAACUCGGCACCGGGCUGGACCUACUAUAAGGAGCACCUACCUGUUCUAGGCGAGUUUCCAGAACUUGUUGCACAGGGUGGCAUUCCUUCAAUUCAGUUCAAAGUGGGUGAUAAAGUGCGAGUGGACUUAGAUGCAGACAUUCUAAAGUGUAUGCAGGAAGGACAUGGGGGAUGGAACCCACGCAUGGCAGAGUAUAUUGGAAAGGUUGGCACAGUCCACAGAAUCACAGAGCGAAGUGACGUGAGGGUGCAGUAUGAAGGAUGUUCAAAUCGAUGGACAUUUCAUCCUGGAGCUCUCACAAAGGUUCAUGUGUUUGCAGUCAACGACUGCGUGAAAGUAUCCGAUAAUAUACAUCAAGUGAAAGAAUUUCAGAAAAGUCAUGGAGAAUGGACAGAGAACAUGAAAACGACGUUAGGCAGAGUGGGACGCGUGUUGAAGGUAUACGCUGAUGGUGACCUGCGGGUCGCAGUGGCUAAUCAGACCUGGACAUUUAACCCAGCUUGUUGUUCAAUCGUUCCAUCAAUAGAACCAGACAUCAACAACACCAAUGGUGGGCACGAUCAGCAUGAUCACUCCACAACACUUUCGGAUUUACUGGAGCAAUUGAUGGACAUUAGGGCAGAUACAACAGGUCCUGAAAGACUUGUGAGAGAGGCAGCCCAAGGUCACUCAGAGACUGUGAAGGACAUUGUCACAAAACACCCAGAUAAGGUUGACCAGAAGAGCUCUGGGAAGUCAGCUCUACAAGUGGCUAGUCAUCAAGGCCACAAGGAGAUUGUCCAGAUUCUACUCGCUCACAACGCUAAACUGGGCGUACAGGAUGAAGAUGGGGAUACCGCCCUCCAUUACUCAGCUUUUGGAAACCAACCAGAAGUAAUGGAAUUGCUACUCAAGAAAGGUGCUCAGAUAAAUGCAUUGAACAAUGGUGGAUGUAGUACGUUGCAUGUAGCAGUCAACAAACAGCAUGCCGAGUGUGUCCGAAUCUUGCUCAAAUACAAGUGUAAUGUUAACAUACAGGAUUCCUAUGGGGAUACUGCCCUACACGAUGCAAUAGGUAAAGAGAAGCAGGAUAUUAUUGAGGGUCUGAUUAACUUCCCAAGCAUUGAUUUCACACUGAAGAACAAACGAGGAUUUAAUGUACUGCACCAUGCAGCUCUGAAGGGGAACAGCUUCGCUACAGAGAAAAUUCUGCAGAAAUGUCGACAAAUAGCCGAUAUCAAAAAGGAUGAUGGCUUCUCAGCGAUUCAUCUAGCUGCCCUGAAUGGACAUCGGGAUGUCACGUUCUCUCUUCUUACACUGGGUCAAGCAAACAUUGAGAUUAGAAACAACAGACAGCAGACACCCUUACUUCUGGCUGUGUCUCAAGGUCACACAUCCAUCGUGGAGCUCCUUGUGAGUAGUGGGGCGGAUCUUAAGAUGGAGGAUGAGGAUGGGGAUACUGCCCUACAUCUGGCCCUCAUGAGACAAAGCGUGACUUCAGAGCAGGAAAACACCUCCAUGUUAGACUCAAUUCGAGAACAUCUGGAGAAUAAGGGUCUGGAGGAAAUCACCUGGGGAAUCCUGAUGACAUGUUACCUGGCAGAGAAAGGUGCUGACCUCUAUCAUAAGAACCACCAAGGGAAGACACCACUGAAUAUUAUAGGAGAACCCAAGACGGAGGAGGUAGUGCAGGAGUACGCCACAGGAAAUGUUACCAAUAUUCCAUCGGUGGAGAAGGACAAGGAAUGUAUUAUCUGUGAAGACCAGCUGGCCAACAUCAGGUUUGAGCCAUGCGGACAUGUGGCUGUGUGCCAAGAAUGCUGUCAGAGGAUGAAGAAAAUCAAACGCUGUUUUGUCUGUCGCUCUAACAUCGAAUCCAAGAAGAUAGGUGACAAAGAACUGAGUGAACCCAUUGACAAUAUCCCGACAGAUGAAGACGUUACUGUAUGUACAAUCUGUAUGGAGAGGAAAAAGGACACCGCUUUCCUUUGUGGCCACAUGGUGUGCCAUGUUUGUGGGGAAUCACUGCGGAACUGUCACAUGUGUCGGCGAGUCAUUUCCAAGAAGAUCCCAAUCUUUUUGUAGGACCUUCUAUUAGGAGAAUGUUUCACAUGGUUGUUUUUAUAAAGAGGAUUACAGGCCGACUGAAUACUCUCUUGAGAGUUGGGAGGUGCCCAACUAAGGCAGUUGUUGCACCUUCUACCAGAAAGGACAUAACAAACUCUGUAGCCCAUUUCUCACUGUAUGGGGAUAUUUUAUAGUUCUAUAGACUUGUAUCAAAUCAUAGCACAUGUGAAUUGUAUUGUGUGACAGUGCAACAAGAUGUGGAAUUCUGCUCAUUUUUUGUGUGGUUAAUUUUAAUUACAAGGCAAUUUAAUAUUUAAUUGCAGGAUUAAUUUUCAUUUAUAUUCAUUUGAAGAGGGAGGGGUUCAUCAUUUGUACCUCAAUUCUGAAUAAGUUUGAAUUUAACCAACAGUUUUGUUUUGUAAUUUUAAUGUAUUAUUUGCAGGGUUUAAGAUCUUUUUUGACAUGCAGAUGUAUUUUAGAACAAUUUAUGAGAAAGACUGACUUUCCAAUGGUAGACUAAUUAUACAAUCAGAACAUGAUAUUACUACAAGCAAGGAGGAUUCAGUUUUGAUAGCAGACAAUUUUAUGCUGUGAUAGAGUUGUCUUUCUUAGUGAGACUCUCCAGGGAUUAAUGAAAAAGUGAUAGGUGUUUCACAAACUCUCGUGGGAGUGACUGUUCACCAACACCACUUGUCUAUUUAAUGUCUAUGUUGUGUUUAUGAGGUGGGGUGUUUUUUCUUUUGUAUUUGAUAGAAUGAAAACAAUACGUUUUCAUGUAAACCAUCGUUAAAAUGAAAACAAUACGUUUUCAUUUAAACCAUUGCUUUUGUCAAUAUGCAAAUGUGUUUUGUCACUUGAUGUCAUAUAUUUGUGUACUAUGUGUGGUGCAUACAUCUAGCAAUCUAUUUAUAUCAAGGUCUAUUUCGUAGUUAUAUAUUGCUACUUUUGUAUAACCUUGAAAAUGUGAAAAGUACAAGGUUCAAAAUGUGAAAUGUACAAGGUUCAAAAUGCUUAACAUUGACCUUCAUCCAGUCUUAUGAAUAAUGAUUACAGCUUUGAUAAUAUUUACCAAAUAUAAUAUGUGUAUAUGUAGAAUGCAUCAAAUAUCUACAUGCAGCCUGUAUGAUUGAUAUGAAGAAUAUGACGUGAAGGUUACACAGUGAAAACAUGGUCGUAGUAAACACACUUAUUAUAAUCAAUUAUCUCUUAUGAUGAAGUGAUUUUUAUGCCUUAUUUAGAUAACGAACAACUCAUCGGAUAUAACAAAUUAGGCCUAUUAUGAGGUGAAAUAGUACACACCUGACGCUUUGCUAUUAUCAUGUUUUGCUGUGGUGUUUUCAAUCUAUUGACAGGAUCGUAUUUAUUGUUUUGCUUGUUCUUCUGUGUUUGAAAUCUAUGAAUAAUUGUAUUUAUCAUACACAGCCAGAGAAACAUUACUAAUCCUGUAUUUAUUUAUUAAUUUAUAUAUAAUUGGUGGUCAAACCGUUGUGUUGAAGAUUUUUGCUACCUCUUGUAAUGGACUAAGCUUGUGAUACACUGAUAAAACCAAAAAUAUUCAGAGAAGCUAUUUUCAAGACAGUUAGAACAAUGAUCUGUUUUGUAUGCAUGAAUUAUUUCCACUUUUAUUUUAUUCAAAUGGAGGAAUUUUCUGUCUGUUUAACUAUUUCCCCCUUAUUUCUAUUUUAAAGGUAUUCAAUUUAUAACUUAUAUUGAAUUUUCUUUUCAGUAACUUUUAUUUUAUUUUCCAUGAUUGAUAAAACAUUGGCAAUUAUCAGUAGACUAUGAAAACAUGUUUUAUAUGUUUAAUGAUAGAACCACGAUAGUGCUACUGCAUUGGUGAAACCCAAGGUUAUUUUAACCAAUAAAAUGUGUCUUUAUA